AUGCCAUCUGAAUCAAAGUCUUCAAACAAGAACCCAUCCUCGGAUCAAACCAUUCUCUUUUAUUAUUCCAAAUCCGCUGAUAAACCUCCAGGAAAAGGAGCCAAUGAAUCAUUGGGCAACAAGAACAAGGAUUACUUCUCGGAACUCUCUCGUCUCAAAGAUUGGAGAAAGGUUCUCUCUAAUUUUCAUAUCGGACCAUUUCAAUAUCAUGGAAAAACAUAUCGGACAGCUGAACAUUGUUUUCAAUCUCAGAAAAUUGCUCUCGUUUCAAAGACUCUUGCAGAUACUUUUGCAAUGGAAAGUAAAAGUAAACUUUCUCAGGGUGAUGGUGAAGAGGCUAGAAAACAACGUAAAGUAGCAAUUUUGGAUGAGUCUCAAUUGAAACAAUGGAAUCAAAUGAAACAUUCCGUGAUGGAGGAAUUGUUGUAUUGUAAAUUCUCGCAAAAUGAACAAGCAAAGAAAGUCUUACUCGCCACACGUGAUGCCGAGUUGUGGCAUGGAGCAAGAGGAAUGCCAAAAUCGAGACAAUAUGAUUUGGAAAAGGCGAGAGCAAGAAUUGUGAAGGAAGGAAGGAAAUCAGUGUCAACGACAGCGACAACGAGUAGUGAAAGUAUGCCAAGUCAUGGAACUGAAAGUACGAAUGAAAAGAAUGUUAGUAGUAGAAGUGGAGAGACGACGACAAAGAAGCGAACCAAAGAGGAAGCGUUUGACACAAUUAACUCAUCGAGUGUGUCUAUAGAACCCUCCAACAAAAAUAGAAAACGAUAA